AUGAAUACACUUGAAGCAGAAUAUUCUUUUCUAACACCAACAUGGAAAUUGCCAUCGGUAACAACUUCAUCAAUUUAUCCGCAUACUUUUAGUACUUCACAUUUAUCUGACGUACCAACAUCAGGUCCACAUUGGACAUUAUGGAAUGGUACAACGUAUAAUUCACGAUAUAUUCCUUCAUAUGUUCCUUCAACAAACAUUCGUCGUAAUUAUCCUCUAUCAACAAAUUAUUCACGAGUAGGACCUGUUAUUAUGUCUCAACAACAACAAAAUUAUCAAUCACUUGGAAAUCUUUCUAUGCAAUCCGGUCCUUCUUAUUAUCAACAAACAAACAGUCUAUAUGGUGAUUAUACUAAUCCAGAAGAUGGUCUUAAUUUAACCAUCAGUGUACAUCCUAAUAAUGGAUAUGAAUCAUAUGAUAAAAAUUCUAAUUAUGGUCAAUCAAAACAACAAAUGUUUAAUCGUAGUUUAACAUAUUCAAAAAAUUCUCAAAAGAAUCGUCCACCAAUAAAUCAAAAACGACAUGUACAAAUAAUUGAUCAUAAUCGUCAAACACCAUCAACAGUUAUUAAUGAAAAUAUAUCUGAAAGAAAUAGUCGUGUUUCAAAUGCUGCUUCCUAUACACAUUAUACUCAUACACCUGAUCCAUAUAAAUCUCAAACAAAAUCUAAAACACCUCUAUCAAGUCAACAUCAUGAUCAGACAGAUGAAAGUAAACAUAGUCAUGAUGGAAAUAAUUUUAAAGUUCAUGAUUAUCUUUAUGGAUUGUCUGUACCUGAUCCUGGUAGUUAUACAAAUGCAUAUAAAUAUCAUCAACGUCGUUUACAAGAUGAAAAAUUAGGUCGUAAAUCAGUAGUUAGUGAAUAUCGAAGUUUUGCACGAAAUGGUGGUUUUGGUCCUGCUUUUGGAAAUACAAAUAAUCAAACAUACGACGAUAAAACUGAUACUGAACAUAGAAGAAAAACUUAUUCAAAAGUUGUACAUGAUACAAAUCAAUAUAAAAUUGAAGAACAAAAACGUAUUCAAAAUCAACAAGGACCAAAAAAGAAUCGUCCAGCACCCGUACCUAAACAUCAACGGGCUCGUGAAUAUGCGAACAAAAUCGAAAGACCUCAUCAUAUGAAACCAGUGUUUCAAGCAGAAUUUUCAUUAUUAAUUCCAAUUUUUGUACCAAUCAUAAUAACAUCUUUAUUAAAUAUUCGAUGUCAUUCAAGGUUAAACUAUAUUCAAGAUUCAAAUCGAAAUGAUUUCUUCUUCGAUGAAUUUAAUAUUCAUUUCAAUAAUCAUAAUUUUCUACAAUAUCAUUCAAAAAUAUAUUUAUUAAUUUACCAUUACAUAUUAUUGGAAAAAAAAAGUAUAUCUAAUCGAGCAAACUUAUUAUCAAUUGAUUUAAUAAGACAAAAAGAAAAAUCAACUUCAAAUAAUGAAAAAAAUAAGAAAUAA